AUGCCUCAUUCUGCUCAAUUAUCCGUUACUUCUCCUUCUGCGUAUCGCCGAUUCGUUUCUCGGAGGAGGAUCUCGAUGAUGAUUCCUCUUGCUCUCUUCUCCGGCGCCGUUUUCCUAUUCUUUAUGCCAUUCAACAGUUGGGGCGAGUCAUCUGGUCCCUUGGAUCUCUCCCUCAGGAUCCAUGAGAUUGAAGUAGUUGCUGAGUUUCCUCAUGACCCAGACGCGUUUACUCAGGGACUUCUUUAUGCGGGAGACGACACACUGUUCGAAUCGACUGGUAUAUACGGGAAGUCCUCAGUGAGGAAAGUGGAUCUACGAACAGGAAAGGUUGAAGUUCUUGAAAAAAUGGGCGAUUCAUACUUUGGAGAGGGUUUAACACUCCUUGGAGAAAGGCUCUUUCAAGUUGCAUGGUUGACGAACACGGGUUUCACAUAUGACCUUCGCAACUUAAGCAAAGUAAAGCCAUUUAAACAUCACAUGAAAGAUGGAUGGGGACUAGCGACCGAUGGAGAAGUGUUGUUUGGAAGUGAUGGCACUUCUACACUAUACCGGAUGGAUCCUCGAACAAUGAAAGUUACUGAUCAGCAUACGGUUAGAUAUAGUGGCCGUGAGGUACGUUACCUUAAUGAACUCGAGUACAUAAACAAAGAAGUUUGGGCGAACGUGUGGCAGUCUGAUUGUAUUGCUAGAAUUUCACCUAAGGACGGAUCGCUGCUUGGAUGGAUUCUGCUUCCAAAAUUAAGACAAGGAUUGCUGAAAUCUGGACACGGGGGUAUUGAUGUCUUGAAUGGCAUAGCAUGGGACAGCGAGAAGCAACGCCUCUUUGUAACGGGAAAACUGUGGCCGAAACUGUACCAAAUCAAGCUAAAACCGGCAUCAGAUAUGAGCGAGAAACAAAUCGCGCGACAAUGUUUGGUCUAA